CGAUAAAACAUUUCCGCAAACCCCAAUAGAAUACUCGCUGCCCAUUAUUUUUUGGCUGACUCACCAACGAAUACGCUUUCCAUCCCUAUAAACCCACCGGCUCAUCUUGCCACACUCUUGCCUCCCUUCCCCUCUUCGCAGCUUGUCCUCACAAAGAGCAGAUAUUGACAUCACUGCACCAGUUCCACAACGUCAUUGUCCCGAUCCACGACGCUCAACAAAUUUUGAGACGAUGGCAUCAAACCCGCUGGACCUCGGGCCAGAGAUAGGCCUGCACCCAGCUCACUCGACUACUCCCCCCACCACUUCCUCAGAUCCUCAGCAGACCGCCGAUCUGUCAAAUUCAGAGGACGGGCAGUGGAGUGCAGGCCGUGCGCCUCCCUCACUCCCGCCAAAUCUCGAGCACACGUACUCUGCUCCCGUCACCGCCCCUAGUGCCGCUGCCGCUGCCGCUGACAUGCCAGACAAUGCCAACCCCUUUGGUCACGUUGCAAGCGCCACAGGCGAGAAUAAUGAAGGUGCUGGUCAGUUUGGCGAAGGCGGUCACGGUACGACCGGCGCACCUGCUGCUAUUGCGGGUUCUGACGAAAGCCCCACUCCUACCCUCAGUAGCAUGAACGGUGCGCAUGCUGCUCAUGCGGCGGGUGUCAAGUCUGUAUCAGGCCAUGAGGGAGGGUACGAUAUCAACGAGAAGGAUCACCAGGCGGGUACGACGGGUGGUAAAAGCGGUCCAGAGUUUGCCACACUUGCUGCCAAAGACUUGGGCUUGACAAAGGAGGGUCAAGAAGAAGCGAAUGAAAAGGCUGAACACCCUUCUCCUCUGACGGCGACUCGCAAACUUUCUCGUACUGCUUCCGGGACCAAACAUGCAGCUCACAUUCUUACGGCCUCUGGCGGUCGAACCACUGAGGGUUUGGGUAUGGUCCCUCUUGCUAGGAAAAUGUCAUCACCUCCGGCUGUCAGUCCCUUUGGUGGUGUUGCUCCUUCCGGUACAGAUGCUGAACGAGGUCUGAGAGCGGUCAGAAGUAGGGAAGAGGAAGAGGAAAGAGAUUUGGAAAGAGAACUGAAGGGGCCUGAUCCAUGGGCCGUGUCUUUCGAGCCUGGAGAAAGUAUCAAUCCAAAGAACUGGGGUGUUGGAUAUCGAUGGUGCCUCACCACUAUCGCUGGUCUUCUCGUUCUCAACUCUACAUUCGCCUCGUCAUCGCCAUCCGGUAUCGUCAAAGAUAUGAUGGCUUACUUUGGUUUCGGCCAGGAAGUCGCUGUCCUUACCAUCUCCCUCUUUGUCGCCGGUUAUUGUGUCGGCCCCAUCCUUUGGGGUCCUCUCUCCGAAUCGUACGGCCGACGACCAGUGUUCAUCGGUACUUUCUUUGUUUACACAUGUUUCCAGGUCGGCUGUGCGCUUAGUAAGAACACUGCAUCCAUCUUGGUCUUUAGAUUUUUGGGUGGCACUUUUGCGGCUGCGCCAUUGACAAACUCUGGUGCCCUUCUCGCUGAUAUCUGGGACGGAGACAACCGAGGACGAGCGAUGAGUCUCUUUGCCCUAGCUCCUUUCGUCGGUCCUUCUAUCGGUCCGAUCGUCUCCGGUUUCAUCCAGGUUUCCGGAACAAACUGGCGAUGGGUGUAUUGGAUUCUUACCAUCUUUGCCGGUGUCUGUCUCGCCAUCAUUGUCCUCUUUGUGCCUGAGACUUAUGCGCCCAAAAUCCUCGCUCAAAAGGCCAAGAGGCUCAGGAAGGAUACACAGGAAGAACGAUGGUAUGCGCCUUUGGAGAGGCAAGAUCAUUCCCUCAAGGCGAGGUUGAACGAUAUCCUAUGCAAGCCGUUCAUCAUUCUUGCUCUUGAACCCAUGCUUCAAGCCGUUACUCUGUACAUGAGUUUCGUGUAUGGCGUAGUCUACCUCCUAUUCGAAGCUUAUCCCUUUGUCUUUGUAGAGAACCACGGAUUCAACACCGGUGAGGAAGGACUUGCGUUCUUGGGUUUCUUCCUCGGUGGUUGCCUUUCCGUUCUCUUUUUCCUCACCGUUAUCGAACCCCGAUUCCUGCGCCACGCCAAGGAAGUUGCUCCCAACCCCCCAAAGCCCGAAAAACGUCUCGAGCUUUGCGUCAUCUCUGGCGUUUCCUUGGUCAUCGCCAUGUUCUGGUUUGGCUGGACGAGUUACUCUUCCAUCCACUGGAUCAGUCCCGUCUUGGCUGGUGGUUUGAUUGGUGUCGGUGUACUGGGCAUGUUUGUCAGUCUGUUUAACUAUAUUAUUGAUGUGUAUCUCUGGUCUGCGGCUUCUGCUCUCGCCUCUGCCACUGUCGUUCGAUCUCUUUUCGGUGCCGGAUUCCCCCUUUUCGCGGUCCAAAUGUAUGAGCGUCUCGGUACCCAAUGGGCGUCCUCUCUUCUCGGUUUCCUUGCCCUCCUGAUGGCGCCUAUACCGCUCGUGUUAAUGAAGUAUGGUCCCUCUUUGAGGGCUAAAUCAAAGUUCUCGCCGAACAAAAUUUCGCACAAAUAAAGGAAGAAGAACGAAGAAGAUCUUUUUUUCUGAUCCCUGUCGUGUCGAGACGAAGGGUCAGUGGUGGUUACUGAAUAUAGAUUGGAAGGCCGGUCUUAGAAAGAGGUUUGGACAUGGCGGCUAGAAGAAAGGUGGAGAACUUUUAAGGCGAGUUCGAGAAAAAGGAAUGGUUAUUCUUGACUGGAUCGAUGCUCCAUUUCGUCCGCCCAGUCUGAUGCGCUGUUUUUGUGAAUUGCCUCUCUCGGACUACUGAGAUAAGGAGGUGUAUCUAUAUUGAAGGCUAGAUAUACUGUAUACAUGAGAAGAUGUUAUAAUUAUAAUUGCUUUGCUCAUGGACUUUUUUACCUAUCAUUUUCAGC